CCCGAGCGCCAGGCUCCACCGCGCACUUUCCUUUCCAUACGAGUGGGUUCAGCGUGUGCUGUUAGCUUGAAAAGUCCUCGGCGCCGUUUAGAGGCCGUCGCUUCUGCCCGUUUUGCCAAAACGCUGUCUGGAAGUCGCUUUGUUUAGCUGACAAGGACGCCAAGAGGAUCCGCAAAGGGAUUUACGUUCAGGUCGCGGAGACUCCAGCGGUUGCAUUUGCUCCAGAGCAAAAAGAAAGUUGGUCAUUUUGGCUUGAAAAAGGACAGAGGUUGUGCUUCCUGGUGUAGAGAAGGAGAGGAGUAACUGCAGAGGCCUGGGGAGCUUCUUUGAAUCGAACAGAUGGAGGAAACAUCCUGGUGUGCUUCUCUCUUUAAGUAAAAUGCUUCUCUAAUCUUAAGCACCUGAAGUAGGUUUCCUUGAGUGAAAAAGCAAGUUUUGGAAAUCUUUUAUGAAAGCCAUCACCAGGGGACCCUUUGCAAAAGAUCCUUCUUAACUGCUGAAGUAACCUUAAAGUUCCAAAACUGUGAACUUGGCUGCUCAUUGGAUGUUAAUGGCUACCAAUAGUAUUCUUUUUGAUCCUUGGUUUGGAUUGUUAAGUAAUGGAUAGCAAUACAUUGGAAAACAAAUACACAUAUACAGCAACCAUGGGACAUGUCCCUAUUGAGGGAAAAUCUGCAAUAAACUGAUUUUUUGUUUAAUUAUUUUUUAAAGUUUUAUAUAUAAUAUAUAUACAUAUAUAUUUUAAUUAUAUUUAUUUAUUUAUUUUCCCCCAGUCCAACUGCAUUUCAUCCUGCAGUUCCUUCUUAGUCUGUCUGCAGCUACCGUAUGUUUGGCUGCUGUCUGUCCUUGUUUUCUACUUGCUUUUUGAAAUGCAACUUUAAAUUUAAAGUUUGAGCUUUUUUGUUGCCUGGAUCAAAGGCUCAUCUUCUAAAGGACAGUGGAUUACAAAACAUCGGAAGAUUAUGGCGGCAACUUAUCGUAUUGUAGUCAGCACAAUCAAUUGUUACAACAGUGUUGUUAUUGACCGUCGCUUUCAGCACACUGUGCAUUACUGUAAUGGGCCAUGCCAGGUCCUCAAGCGUGGUAUUGAGUGCACCAUUGCCCAUUGCAGCACUUGCCUGGAGUUGUUGGAUGCAUCUGCUGCACCGGCAUCUAAUAACAGACCCUGCAAUCCUCAAGACCUUAGCAACAAAUUUGCAGUACUUGAAAAUGAAUCUAAUGCAGGUACAUCUGUUGUUGAGGAUUUUCAACAGGGCAUGCUGGGUGCCUCAAGGGGCAAAAAAGGACUUUCUUUACAAGGCUCAACUAGUCUUAAGGACAUCACAGGUGAAGCUAUAAAUCUAGCCAGUGGCAAGAUCAAGGAGUUUUCCUUUGAGAAAAUUAAGUAUACAUCUAGCCAUGUUACACUUAGAAAGGGCAGAAAAGUGAGACCAGACUCCUUUAGCAGAAGGUCUACUGACUUAGACAUCAUUUAUGGACACUUUGGUAAUGAUGAAAACUGCCCACCAUUUGGCUUGGUGCAAAAGUCAGUAAUGGAGGAACACAAGUUAAGCCGCAGCACUUCUCUUGAACAAAACAUCAAUAGCGUGGCCUCACUUUAUCUGAACAGCUUAACUGAUGAGAACCUUAUUUCUAAAAUUUUGGAAAAGACCAAAUCUGACAGUAGUGCAUCAGGUGAGGACAUUAAAGCUUGCCUCAACAUCUUGCUGAAGUGUUCAGAAGAUCUAAAAAAGUGCACAGAUAUUAUAAAACAAUGUAUAAAAAGGAAAUCAAUGGGUGAGGGGAAUACUGACAGUGGUACAAAUCCAGAAGUGAUUUACAAAAAUGUGAUGGCAAGGCUUUCCAGUUACUUAAAAAAGCUUCCAUUUGAGCUUGAACAUGGGCAGUCAGAUCAUUUGGAACACAGUGAUCUUGCUGAACUUGUGAACAGUUUACAUGGGCUACAACAAACUCCGUUUUCUCCAAUAUUUGGUAAUGAGCAGCCCCCUAGGUAUGAAGAAGUGGUCAGUUCCCCGCCUUUUCUUAACAAUCUACCUCCCUCUUCUAUAGAACACCAGGGCCCCCAUCAUGAUUCAUAUAACCUUGUGAAAUCAGACUCAAACUUUCAUACACCAUCUCCUAAUUUAAUCUUACAUAGUAAUGAGCAGCAGAAGAGAUCAACAACAGGUAAUAGUUCCAGUGCUCUACCUCAGUCCACAGCAAUAAGUAAAUCAGAUAAGUAUUCUUCUGUAAACUCCCUGCUGUCUAGCAGCAGUGACAGUAUCUGUAAAGACUCAAUGGAAGCACUGUAUAUAGAAGAAGAAACUGAUGUAGGAAAAGUACUAAGUAGGGAGUUGAAAGGAAAAAACACGUUCAGUGUUGGGUUAAUGGAAGACUUACAGCUGUCAAAAACAUCAGAAACUACUGACACAAGUGUCCUCAGGAAAGGAGAUUACUACAAGCCAAAUCUGGAGUCCUGUUGCAUACGUGGAGCUGGUGUAGAGCACGCUUCUAAAAAUGUUCCAUUUGAGCAAAAUUUUUUCCAGGAAUCUGGACAGGGUGGUGCACAAGAUGACAUUGAAAAGCUACUGAUGGAUUUAGAGUGUCUUUCUAAAAAAAUUGAAGAAGAGCCUCUUGCAAAACUGAAGUGCCAAGAUAUUCAAAACUGUAUACCACAAACAGACCCAUUGUAUCCCUUGACUUUUGAAUCAGGAAGCAAUAAUAAUCCUUCAGUGCAUGCAGAUUCUUCAUUUACUAAAAAAGACCCUUUGAAACAGAUUAGCAGUGCAAAUGAAGAAGACAGGAUUCUAUUGUUGCGCAUCUUGGAGAGCAUUGAAAAUUUUGCUCAGGAGCUUGUUGAAACUGGCAGUGGAAAAGGAAACCUAGCACAAGAACGGGAAGUAAUGCGUCUGUUGCAAGAAACCCUUGGUAGUACAGCCAAACCAGAAAGAACUAUGCUAAAAAGUUAUUCAUCCUCGGUAAUUCGAGACACUGGUCCAUCAUUAUCCAUCCAGCAGACACCAGAAGUGAUAAAGGUCCAGAGUAGGCAAGAAAAGAAACCCGGGACCCCUCCUCCAGUUCCUGCAAGCUCCGUCCUUAAUCCACACCCUGCUACACCACCUCCAACUGUUCAUAAACCAGUUGUCACAAUCCCAGCCUCCAUCAACAUUCCACGCUUUUAUUUUCCAAAAGGACUUCCAAACACUAAUGCCAACCUUGAUGAGACCAUUGCCAAAAUAGAAACCACGUUUGCUGAAUUUGAGGAAGAAAAGGCUGAUAUUUAUGAAAUGGGAAAAAUCGCCAAGGUAUGUGGCUGUCCUUUGUAUUGGAAGGCUCCAAUGUUUAAUGCUGCUGGAGGCGAAAGGACCGGAUUUGUCUCUGUUCAUGCAUUCAUAGCCAUGUGGAGAAAGUUGUUACACAGCUGCUAUGAUGAUGCAUCAAAGUUUGUUUACUUGUUGGCCAAACCAGGCUGCGACUACCUAGAACAAGAAGACUUCAUCCCAUUACUACAGGAUAUUGUGGACACUCAUCCUGGCUUAACAUUUUUGAAGGAUGCACCUGAAUUCCAUUCUCGAUACAUAACCACGGUGAUUCAAAGGAUAUUCUACACAGUUAAUCGGUCAUGGUCAGGAAGAAUUUCUAUGACUGAACUAAGAAGGAGCAACUUCCUACAGACUUUAGCCCUUCUUGAGGAGGAAGAUGAUAUCAACCAAAUUACAGAUUAUUUCUCUUAUGAACAUUUUUAUGUGAUCUAUUGUAAGUUCUGGGAACUGGACACUGACCACGACCUUUUCAUUGACCAGAAAGACCUGGCAAGAUACAAUGAUCAUGCUUUAUCAAACAGAAUUAUAGAGAGAAUAUUCUCUGGGGCUGUCACAAGGGGCAACUCUGCACAGAAAGAAGGUCGCAUGAGUUAUGCAGAUUUCGUGUGGUACCUGAUCUCCGAAGAGGAUAAGAAGAAUGCUACAAGUGCUGAAUACUGGUUCCGGUGUAUGGACCUGGAUGGGGAUGGAGUGCUGUCCAUGUAUGAACUAGAGUACUUUUAUGAAGAACAGUGUGAGCGAAUGGAAGGAAUGGGCAUUGAACCUCUACAAUUUCAUGACCUUCUGUGUCAGAUGCUUGACCUUGUAAAGCCAGAAUGCAAGGGCAAAAUCUUUCUCAGAGAUCUGAAAAGAUGCAGAAUGGCUCACAUAUUCUAUGACACAUUCUUCAACCUAGAAAAGUACCUUGACCAUGAACAGAGAGAUCCCUUUGCAGUGCAAAAGGACAUUGAAAAUGAUGGCCCAGAACCUUCUGACUGGGACAAGUAUGCAGCUGAGGAGUAUGAAAUUCUGGUGGGUGAAGAAGCUGCCAACGAGCAUUUACAGGAGGGUUCAUUUGAAGAUGAUUACUAAUCUGACAAACUGUCAAUUCCAUCAGAGACUCGGAAACAAGACACACACAUUUGUCUUUUCUGAUCUCCAGUCGUAGAAGAGAAGCACAGAUCACACUACCUGAAAGUUAGAUUUCUCAAGUUAUUGUUGGUGGUCAUUCUCCAGUUGGACACGACCUUUUCUUUUCCAUUUAAAACAAACCAUAUUUAAAAGGAUUCCCUUACAUUUCGAAAGACUGUUUUGUCCGUCUGUGUAUAAAAGCUGCUUGGACUCUUACUUGCUUUUUGUUUUAGUGCAAUAUGUCUUAAGGCAAUCAGAUGAUCAGUUGGGUGUAUUUCUUUCUGUUGCAUUGUGUGAUGACAUGACGACGACUUUGACCUUCUGUGGAGGAGCGCAGUUCCAGAUGUCCGCUGUGUUGAGAGAUUCUGCCAAAAAAAUGAGGGUGAGAGCUCCACACUGUGGACAGUAUUAGUAGUGCGGAGUUAGUCAAGCCUUGCAGCUGAGCUUCUAUGCAUACCAGUGUGUGUGAUUGUGUGUGUGUGUGUGUGUGUGUGCCAAUCUGUGCAUAAACAUACACUGUAUGCUCGAAUCAUGACAUGAUGGGACCCACUGCGCACAAAAAGUGUCACACAAAAGUAGCACCUCUUGACAAUCGUAUUUUAGAGUGGAAAAUGUGCAACCAACUUACAGGAUUCAUUGAGCUAGGCUGAGGUGAGCAUAAUAUCAAAUAUGACUCCCCAUUCUAGCACUUUUUUUUUUUUUGUACAUAAUAACUAACUUUUUUUUAGCAGCUGCAGGUUCUCUUUUCUCGGUUUGUGUAUCCCAGUGUUGUUAUUGCUGUUAAUAUCCUCCCAGUAGCAAUAAAGCUUCAUCCUCCAAUUAUAACGUGGCUGAAAUGCUGCUGAGCUCUACUGCAGGUAUCCAGGUACUGGUGGCCAUUCUGAGAAGCUUGGCAGAGCCUUCGGUUUGCCCUCUCACUAUUGCAGAUGGUCCGUGGUGCCGUCAAUUCAUGUGGAUUUAGCCCAACCACUGACGGAAAGCUGGAGACCUGAGGGGCUUUUCUGGAGUCCAGUCACUCCAUCAGUGAGGAGAGUCCUCUCUGCCAUUCACGUAAUUUGAUUCCUUCUGCAGUAAAAUAGUUUUUUCGUCUAUUCUCAGAAGUAACUGAAUACUUCGAUUGGAGCAGUGGCCGUGCAAGUGACUGGCGUCCGUCCAGGACAGAUUCCUGCCUUGAGCCCACUGUUGCUGGGAUAGGCUUGGGCCUCCACGGGCCUAAACUGGAUUGAGGAUUGAGUGACUCAGCAGUAUUUUAGAUGUAGACUUGCCGUGUGUAUUGACUACAGUGAAAUUCUGACCAACAUGUUGACACUCUCAGACGACACCCUAAACAAGAACAUGUUAAGACUGAAUAUUCAGAAUUGAUAUGGGAAAGAGAAUCCAGAACAACGUGCAAAAAGCACAAGGCAGCCAGACAUGCAGUUGAAUUUAUUCUUCAAGAGUGCAGAAAUGCAGCAGGCAGAGCCGAUGACGGAAGGAAGGAUGUCGGAGGAGCCUGUGCAGAGCAUGGCGUGAGAGAGCUGCUUAGGCACUGCAAGGUCCGUCACUCCAGGAAGACGAGGCUGUCCAGCGUGGGCAUUCUAAAGAAGCGACGUGGAAGUGAGAAUCGACCAAAAAGCAACAGAACGUUACAAGAGUGUUGCUCAGAAGGCCAGGAUGCAGAGUUCAGAUAGUUCAAGAAUUUGCUGAAUUUCCUGGCCGUGUGUUCACCGCCAUCUACAAACACCAUUGUUCUCUCUAUGGAAUUCCAAAAAAAGGCCAGCCGAGCAGUUGCACUUCUUCUUCGUUGUUGUUGUUAUGCAAUACCAAGAUUGUUCUCUGUAAAGACGCCUUGAUGAGUCCUCUGUCACAGUGUAACGUCAGAGAGACUCGGGGGCAAGACGGCCACAUGCCCAGUGUCAUAGCAUGAUGAGCGCCAUCCUGAGGCAGCUUCUUGUCCGACUCCUUCAGGACAAAGCCACACUUAGGGUCUGCUCAUUUUAGUAUGUUCUCGUUCAUCAUGAUGAUGGAGUGUGAUGACAUGACAUGUCUGCUACUGCCACCAGUGUUUUAGGAGUGGUGGCUUCUAACGGUGCUCCAGUUCACAUUCAGAGUGCACAUAUGAGAGGAGAAUGAGAGAAAGAAAACAGAGGAUGGCAUGUUGGUGGCCCUGUGGGCAGCGUCUUCCAUACUUUGUAGGCCUAGAGUUGAGCUGUCAGGUGUGUUGACCUCAGCGUUAACAUUUUGUUUGCUUCAUUUUUUUUCACGUCCUCCUGUUCAUCUGAAUCCUAAACUACAUGGAGGGGGCGACUCGUGACGCCUUCUGCUUGUGGCAGUGAUUCCUUGUGUACAUCACACCAUUGCUCCACACAUUUCAGAGACUUGCAGGCGGAGUGCGCAGUGUGAGCUGGCAGGUCUCGCCAUCAGAACUGAGGACAAACGCCCAGGAGGCCAAUAGGGGUGUCCGGCUCGCUCGAUUGGCUAAGCUGCCUUGUGAAAGGCCGUCAGGUGUCUGCUGCAGCCACGUCUCUUCUUCUUCAGCGCCUGCCGUCAUGUCAUUGUAGAUAAACACUUUUGUAAGUAGUGUAAAAAGGCCAAAUGUGCUAAGCUGCAAUCUGUAUUGUAAAAUGUGCCAGAAGUAGCCGACAUUAUCUGAGAGAAAUUGCUUUAGAUGUUAUUUUUUCCCUCUUUUAGUUUAUUUUUACUGCUGCUGAGUGGCAGGGUUUUUAAAAACGGAAUAAAGUUUUUUUUUUUUCUGACAGUGUCAGGGUGUAACACGGGGUAGGGGCUCAUGGGGCGGGCGGCAUUGGAAUUGUGCUGUGUGUAAAUUCACCGCACGACAAUCAACUGGAUGUUUCAAUUGAAUUUACUGUAGAAGCAGCGUUUGCUUUCAUUCUUCUUCUAGCAAUAACCCAACUGUACUGGGGAGCGCGGUCCCAAUCGCAAUGUGAGCAAACGCCUGAAUGAAGACUUGACCUGAAAACUGCCAUUUGUACUCCAGGAUUUUUUCUAUAAGCUCUAUGCAAAUGGGAUUGUUUGGUGAGAAGCGGUGUGCCGACUACAAGUUGCAUUUUUAUUGACUGAAGUUGUAAACAUUUUGCCUUCCGGAUUAAUUCUCUUAGUAGUGCGUAACACACGUUUGAGUUGAAAAUGGUGAGAUGUUUUUGACGCAUUUAAUUUACCAGGUGUAUGUUUUGCUGACGCUAUGAGAAAACCGGUGCGGACCCCUCGGGGGGGGUUUUGAAUUAAUCCCCGGGUUUAGCAUGGCAGUAUUCUUUUAUUUUUUUCUUUUGCUUUGUUUUUAUGGAAUUUAAAUAAAGAAUUUUAACGUUA